UGUUCGCUGGAAUGGCGGUGUGAUGGCAAGGUUCCUUGAAUGAGAUCUCUGACAGGUAACGGGGAUCGGCCGCUGAGCUCGGUGGCCGGGGAGCCGUGUUUGCGGCCGACUAAGAGGCUGGCCUAAGGAUUUAAGGUUGGGGAAGCGGCGGUUCCAGGAAGCGAAGAGAGGGGCGCCUUGUCCUACCGCUCCUCGGCGCUUUUCAGUCUGGAGCGCCGGGUCCUGGGCUCGUCUCUGCCCCUUACGCCCCGUUAACUACCAGGCAGAGCAUACCUCGCCGAGCGCGGAAGAGAGACUGUCUUUGGAGCGGCGGUGACUCUUCAGGGGCUUUUCCUCAUGAGGAUAGCGACCUUCACGGAUUGCUGUGGAUGAAGGGGGAAAGAAGACAGAAAACGUACGGGAUGGACAUGUUUAUUAAGUGCAUUUAUUCAUUCAAGCAACCGUUCACUGGCCGGACUCUGUUCAUGCGGUCAGAGAAACAAAGGUGACUAAGAGAUGCAUAUACUCGUGCCCUUGGAGCUUUCACUUUUAACAGGGGAGACAGAAAAACACAAAAUUAACAUUCGGAUAUAUUAUGUAAAGGAAAUCCAGCAGGAUAAUGGCAUCGAGUGUGUCUGGGACGUGAUGGCUAUUUUAGACAGGUAGUCCGGGAAAGCUCUUUGAGGAAGCGACGUUUCCGCAGCGAUCUGAAUGUGGAGGAUCCGGCCACGCCAAGAUCUGGGGGGAAGAAUUUUGCAGGCGGAGAGAACCAAAGCGCAAAGCCUCUGACGCUGGAAUAACCUUUGCUGUUGAUAGGAACUGCAAGAAAGGCCAGCUGGUCCAGCAGAGUUUCACCGAAGAGACACACCUUACAGAUUCGUCACAUUUCUAAGUUCCGUAAGUUACCAUUUGGAAUUGUCAAACUUCCUAGAAGAUAUAUUUUGGCUAUCAAAAUGGAAGAUUUCUUGGGAGCUCUAGAACAAUUAUACAAGAAGGUACUACAUGGAGCCGCCCUUGAACAUGACACCCAGGGCUACGUCUGUUAUCUCAACCCCGCGUGGCCAGACCAAGAUGGCUCCACAGCCAGCUCCUCCGCAUGCGCAGACAGCCCUGGCGUCCGGGGCGAGUGCCAGCAGUCCCCCGCCACUUUGAGUCCCACCUCCACAGCCCCCAUGGGUUUGAAGAGCAGGGCCCACGAAACAGCACUCCUUCAGCUAACUGUGGUCCAGGUGAUGGUGACCAGGAUACUGUCUGUCGAGACCGCAUUCCAUGCCAAACAGAGAUACAGAGAGAUCGUGAAAAUUCUCUUACAGUCCUCUGACUUUGAUUCUAAAUUAACCUGUAUGUUCCAAAGCUCCGAUAAACUGUUAUCUCACAUGGCUGCGAAGUGCCUUGCGUUGCUUCUGUAUUUCCGAUUGAAAGAAAAGAUAACGUUAAGUAAUUCCUGGAUUGCUUUUUGCCAAAGAAAUCUUUCUGAAUACUCUGAAAAUGAGGAAGUAGUGUACUGCCUCUACACUCUUACUGCUGUGAUAAAAGAAAUCUUCAAAGACACACAUUCACGAAAAACAGAAAUUCUAAAGCAGUUCCUGACUCCUUUGGAUUCGACUUUUGAAGUCUUUUACAAUUCCUUAUUUUCUCAGCAUUUGGCAAACCUCCAAGACACUUCUAAAAUAGUGAACAGCUUGAUAUAUUUUCUGGAAUUGCUUGAACUUCUUAUAGCUUCCAGGAUCCACCUGGGGUUGCAUUUCCCCUGCCAGAGGAUUUUCUUUUUGAAACCUUCCUGUGUACUGCACGUUAUUACCUGGCCGAUCCAGGCCUUCGUCAAAAGAAAGUUCAUCAUUUUCAUUAAAAAGUGCCUUCUCUGGAAAGUGGGCGAAGACCUUUGUCGGGGACCUGUCGCUGCCUUCAUGCCACCAGAUGAGCAUUUAGAUGGGGACAUGCUGGCCCUAGCUGAUGCUGUUCUGCAAGCUGUGGGUUCGGGUUUACUGAAGACUUUGUCUGUCCGUGGGAAACCUUCCUGCUUUGGUGGUGGUGAAGUUCAGCCUGGCUGUGAGUGUCUCCCUGGUCCAGAUCACGUGAUCCUGAGAGCAGCCAGCUUGCUGCUUAUUAAAUCCUUAGACAUCAAGUUUCAAAACUGUGCUUCAGCAAAGGAAAUGAAAGUUGAUUUACAGAGGUUCAUGUCGGAGUUGCUGGCCUUCUUAAAGCCCCACCUUGAGCCCUCUGUGCGGUCACAGCAUCCGUGCGAGUGGCUGUCCCGGGUCUUCAUAGAACAAGAUGAUGACAUGCUGGAGGCUGCCAAAGCGUCCAUGGGCAUCUUCCUAAAACUGAGCAGAGAAUAUGAAGCUGCUGAAAGUUUGACCCAAGAAAAAGAACUGUGGCACCACCACACACACGAAAACGGCUAUAACCCACACUGUAUUUUUCUGUUCUUUUUAAAAAAUAUAGCAUUUGAUUCUACCGUUCUUCUGGACUUUUUGAUUUCAUCAGAAACUUGCUUUCUUGAAUAUUUUGUCAGAUAUUUAAAAUUACUGCUCAAAGACUGGGAUACAUUUCUCACCAUUUGCAAGGACUUUGAUAUAAUGGACUCUAACGAGAACACUAAUAUUUGCGGUUGUAUCUCCUCACUUGGCCAAGACCGAAGCAGCAGCCAAACAGAAAUCAGCCUUUUGGCGGCUCUUGGCGGUCACAGGAAUGCUCCUGCCGGUGACUCCUGGGCUGCUGGUGCUGCUUCCGAACCACAGAACCAGGUCGUCAUAUCCCCGGAGACCCAUGCCACACCCCAGGCUAGUCGCCUGUCCCCCCCCCAAGCUUCUCAGAGCUUGGUAGAUUAUGACAGCUCUGAUGAUUCUGAAGUAGAAUCCACAGACCCGUGUUUAGCAAAUAGUAGACAGACAUCUUUACACCAGGAAGCAGUGAAGAAAACUCAGGACAUAGUCGGAACAAGCGGGGAUGAAGAAGAACUUAGUCUGGAGCUUCCGUCAAGGCCUGUGUUUCUGAAAGAAUCUAAUACUCCUUUCUCUGUUGCUGGUGACACAGCCCCAGAUAACACUGUCCAUGAAGCAGGAAUAUCUUACAGAACAGUAAAAUGCUUUGAACAGCUACAAGGUGCCAUUUACCGUUUGCAGAAGAAAAAUCUUUUCCCGUAUAACCCAACAGCGCUUUUGAAGUUGUUGAAACAGAUUGAGGCAAAAUGUAAUAAAAGUAUGAACGCUUUGUAAAA